CCGAAGGAUGGUUGGAAGGUGUACAGCUCUGCCCAGGAUGCAGAGGGGAGGUGUAUCUGUACAGUGGUGGCUCCUGAACAGAACCUCUGCUCCAGAGACGCCAAGGAGGGACAGCUCCGUCAGCUACUGGAGAAGGUCCAGAACAUGUCCCAGUCCAUUGAGGUACUGAACCUGCGGACCCAGAGAGACUUCCAGUACAUCAUGAGGAUGGAGGGCCAGUUCAAAGGGCUAAGGUCAAAGUUCAGACAGGUAGAGGCCGACAGGAAGACGCAGGUCAACAGAAACUUUCAGGAGUUGAAGGGUAAGAUGGAGACCCUGCAGCCUCUGAUCCCGGUGUUGGAGCAGUACAAGACAGAUGCCCAGCUCAUCGUCCAGUUUAAACAGGAGAUCAGAAACCUGUCCAUGGUGCUCACAGCCAUCCAGGAGGAGAUAGGAGUCUACGACUCUGAGGAACUACAACAGAGGCUCCUGAGUCUGGAGAGCAGGCUACGCAACUGCAGGAGCAGACUCACCUGUGGUAAACUGAUGAAGAUCACUGGACCGGUGACGGUGAAGACCUCUGGGACACGGUUUGGAGCCUGGAUGACAGAUCCACAGGCCUCCCCUACAAACAAUAGGGUCUGGUACAUGGAUAGCUACACCAACAACAAGAUAGUCAAAGAGUACAAGUCCAUAGCCGACUUUGUGUCCGGGGCCGGGUCUCGAACCUACAACCUGCCGUUCAAGUGGGCCGGGACCAACCACGUGGUGUACAAUGGCUCUCUGUACUACAACAAGGUCCAGAGCAACAUCGUGGUGUGUUACCGCUUCGAGACGGGCCGCGUUGUGACCCAGAGAACCUUGGAGAACGCCGGCUUCCACAACGUCUACCCUUACACCUGGGGAGGCUUCUCCGACAUAGACCUCAUGGCCGACGAGCUGGGCCUGUGGGCUAUCUAUGCCACCAAUCAGAACGCCGGAAACAUCGUCAUCAGCCAGCUCAACCCGGAGACACUACAAAUCCUCGGAACCUGGAACACGGAAUAUUCCAAACGGAACGCGGGGGAGUCCUUUAUGAUCUGCGGAACACUCUACAUCACUAACUCUCACCUGACUGGCGCUAAGGUUUACUACUCGUACUCCACCAAGACCUCCAGCUAUGAGUACACAGACAUCCCCUUCCAUAACCAGUACUUCCACAUGUCCAUGUUGGACUACAACGCCAGGGACCGGGCUCUGUACGGCUGGAACAACGGACACCAGGUUCUGUUCAACAUCACGUUGUUCCACAUCAUCAAGACAGAGGAUGAUUCCUGA